CUUUGUCUCUGACGUUACAUCUUCUGAUUGGCUCUUAACAGAACCCCUGUGAAGGUGAAGGAAAGAGGAAGGUUCGAGAAAUAAGGGUUUGGCCUCCAUCUUAUUUUACAACGGACUGAACGACUUUCUGACCACUCAACAGGGAUGGCUUCAGAUGACUUUGAUAUUGUGAUAGAAGCAAUGCUAGAAGCCCCUUACAAGAACAAGGAGAAAGAGGAGGAAAGCCAAAGCAAGGAAACCAAGAAAGAAGGCGAAAAUUGUAGCAGUAGUAGCAGCACAGGAAACCAUAGAAUUAGUAAGAAGAGAAGUCGCAGUAGAAGCCGUGAUCGCCGCCGAAGCCGGAGCAGAGAUCGCCUUCGGCGACGAAGCAGAGACAGACACCGCAGCCGUGAACGUCGACACAGGAGCAGGAGCCGAGGGAGACGUCACAGCUCCCGCAGUCGUGAUAGACGCAGAGAUGACCGUUCUCGAUACCGUAGCCCUGCACGUCGUUACACACGUAGUAGGAGCCACAGUCCUAGACACAAAGACAAGAGCCCUCUCAGAGAACCUGACACAGUCUUGACUCCAGAAGAACGCGAUGCCCGCACAGUAUUUUGUAUGCAGCUGGCUGCAAGGAUACGGUCACGAGAUCUUGAAGACUUCUUCUCAGCUGUGGGCAAGGUGCGAGAUGUUAGGAUCAUUUCUGACAGAAACUCUCGCCGAUCCAAGGGCAUUGCAUACGUGGAAUUUGUUGACAUUCAGUCUGUACCACUGGCCAUUGGUCUGACUGGACAGAGGCUGCUGGGAGUUCCAAUCAUAGUACAAGCCUCACAGGCAGAGAAGAAUCGUCUGGCAGCAAUGGCUAAUAAUCUGCAGAAAGGAAAUUCCGGGCCAAUGCGUCUGUAUGUGGGCUCCCUACACUUUAAUAUCACUGAAGACAUGCUUAGAGGCAUUUUUGAGCCAUUUGGAAAGAUUGAGAAUAUUCAACUUCUGAAAGAGCCAGAUACAGGAAGGUCCAAGGGAUUUGGCUUCAUAACAUUUUCAGAUGCAGAAUGUGCUCGUCGUGCACUUGAGCAGCUUAAUGGUUUUGAGUUAGCAGGAAGGCCUAUGAAGGUUGGUCAUGUAACUGACAGAGCAGAUGGGGGCUAUGAUGUUUCCAUUCUAGAUAGUGAAGAGCUGGAAAAAAGUGGUGUGGACCUGGGAGCUACUGGGCGUUUGCAGCUCAUGGCAAAACUUGUAGAAGGAACUGGUCUGCAGAUGCCCCUUGCUGCUCUGCAGCUAAAUGGAGCAAUUCCUCUGACUGCUCUUAACCCUACACUGUCAGCUCUCAACCCAGCUCUCAAUCUUGCAACACAAUCUAUCUCCACACAGUGCUUCCAGUUUUCACAUCUUUUCAACUCUCAAACAAUGUAACACAGGCCUACCGUUCUUCAAAUCCAUUCUGGAUACAACUCCAGGAUACCAAAUGGUGCCAUUCCUCAUCCUCCUGUUUCGUGUCAUGCCAGUCGCUCCUGUCUCACCGAAAUACCUGUGAAAUUUCCUAGAUGGGGGGCCUUAAUUGUACGGUGUGGCCACUGCACCAGAGACUUUGAGAGAAGCAUAUUGUAAAUCUCUUAACUAAUUCUGUGACUCUUGAACUUCUGUUCCCAUACAUUACACUUUAUAGUAUGGGAUCCCACAGACCAUGUUUGUAUGUCCUUUUUAUGUUGUGUACAUGAAGCUCAUCUCUUGUGUAAAUUUCAUAAAGUUCCUUUUUUUUGCUGGCGAAUGCAAGGACUGGUAUGAAAGGCUUCUCAGAUUUGGGGUUAUAUGUAGAUUACACAGACUGCAGCACAAUAUAUAGUAUAUAUGAAACCUAGAGUAAGUUUAUGGAAGACAUUUAGUUUUUGUUUUUUAAUUCUUUAAACUCCCAUUACAUUGUACUCCAUAAUUCUUUUGACUUCUGCCUAUCUCUAUCAGUCAUAGUGGAGGCACUAAAAUGUGUCAUGGGCUAAGUAGAAGCCAGCAAGUUUGCAAGCAAAUAUAUUACUUUUUAUCUCUCUUGGUGUUGGGAGAAAGUGAGAAGCAACAUAAAAAAAAAAUCCCUUUUUUUUGUGUCCGUAACCCUGCCGUAAAAGUUGGCUGAUCUUUGUCUUCUGUUAUAGAGAUGUUCAUAAUUAAGAUUAGUUCAGGUAAGUAUCAAUAUAAACUACCCUUAUUCGCCAUGGACUGUUAUUGAGGACUUAAUUUGUUUUGUCCCUAAAUCUCCGUUGCUGCAAUAAAAAUUUCAGAUUUUUAACAUAAUGUCUGGAUAGCGAAUGGUCAGGAAUGCUAGCAGAGAUUUGAAGGUCACAUGAAGAGGACUGUUUUGAGGAGUAUGGAUUUGAAGAACCUUUUAGCUACCACCCCCAAGGGGUUAUAUUCACAACUUUUGUACUGAUGUCUUGUUGUUGCUGUCACUUUAAUAUUUAUAUCCAUUCACCUUACUGCAUUAAGGGUUUCAUGACAGAUCUAAACAGAUUUUUCUAUUGUCAGAUACUUUGUUUUUUUUUAUUAUUAUUUAACAGAAAAUGUAAAUAAAAUUGAUUUAACAAGGUA